AACGACGAGAGGAAUAUCUGCUGACAUUCGUGAGGACGGAGAUGACAUUCGUGAGGACGGAGAUGACAUUCGUAGGGACGGAGAUGACAUUCGUAGGGACGGAGAUGACAUUCGUAGGGACGGAGAUGACAUUCGUAGGGACGGAGAUGACAUUCGUAGGGACGGAGAUGACAUUCGUGAGGACGGAGAUGACAUUCGUGAGGACGGAGAUGACAUUCGUAGGGACGGAGAUGACAUUCGUAGGGACGGAGAUGACAUUCGUAGGGACGGAGAUGACAUUCGUAGGGACGGAGAUGACAUUCGUGGGGACGUAGAUGACAUUCGUGGGGACGUAGAUGACAUUCGUAGGGACGGAGAUGACAUUCGUGAGGACGGAGAUGACAUUCGUGGGGACGUAGAUGACAUUCGUGGGGACGUAGAUGACAUUCGUGGGGACGUAGAUGACAUUCGUGGGGACGUAGAUGACAUUCGUAGGGACGGAGAUGACAUUCGUAGGGACGGAGAUGACAUUCGUGAGGACGGAGAUGACAUUCGUAGGGACGUAGAUGACAUUCCUGGGGACGUAGAUGACAUUCGUAGGGACGGAGAUGACAUUCGUGAGGACGGAGAUGACAUUCGUGGGGAUGGAGAUGACAUUCGUAGGGACGGAGAUGACAUUCGUAGGGACGGAGAUGACAUUCGUAGGGACGGAGAUGACAUUCGUAGGGACGGAGAUGACAUUCGUGGGGACGGAGAUGACAUUCGUGGGGACGGAGAUGACAUUCGUGGGGACGGAGAUGACAUUCGUGAGGACGGAGAUGACAUUCGUGGGGACGGAGAUGACAUUCGUGGGGACGGAGAUGACAUUCGUGGGGACGGAGAUGACAUUCGUGGGGACGGAGAUGACAUUCGUAGGGACGGAGAUGACAUUCGUGGGGACGUAGAUGACAUUCCUGGGGACGUAGAUGACAUUCGUAGGGACGUAGAUGACAUUCGUGGGGACGGAGAUGACAUUCGUGAGGACAGUGUUCCCGCAGGGAUCAGUACUGACCCCGACAGUGUAUGCUACACAAAUAACUCUCUCAAAGAGUUUCAGAACUAUUUGAACAAGUUCGCGGACCUUAUCAAUAGUAAGGGUGAAUAA